CAGGCUAAAGUUCUGAAGCUUCAGUUCAUUGGGACUAUCCUGGCUGUAGGUAUCGACUACACUUAGUGGACACCUGACAUCCAGGCCCGCAUCCUACUUCCCGGCAGGGUGUCACGCUCCCCCGAAGACUGGCCGCUUCUCGACCCUGCUAGAUGAAGAAAAUCCAAGGAAAGCCUGGAGCACUAGCGGUGCUAGCCUGAAGUGUUUGCCCUCGGGGCCCGACCCAACCUCUUGUUCUGAAAGGCCCGCCGGCCCUGUUAUUGUUUGGCUCCACUUUUACGUUCUGCCGCUUGCAGGAGCAUUUCCGGUUUCUUUUUUCCGGAGCAAAUCACUGUUCACCCGGCGACGGGGGAGUAGCAAAGCGGGGAAGAAAUGCAUUCUAGGCUGGUUCUGUUGUUUGAGGAGGAAAACUGCUAUCCUCGACAUAUUAUUUUUCUGGAUUACUUGGUUAUUGCUUUUGCAAAGGAGAUGUUUAUUUAAAAGAGUGCGCCGAUAGGUCGUUUCUUCGUGCCGGAAAAGCAAAUUACCGAAAGCUGAUAGGAGGCCAGGCCAAGGCUUGAGCAGCCAGAAUAAAAGAAGAGCCGCCCAUCCCUGCUUCUCUGGAAAUGGUGUCCCUCACAGCUGUCUCAGGUCCUGACUUCUCAAAGGAGCAUGGCCGACUUCUUGGAUACUUGUAACUUCAAGCUUUCCCACCUGCACAUAAGUUUCCCGAAAUAACGACUCUGAAACUCAAACUAUAUUUGCAGACACCUUGGCCAUAGCUUUGAUGACUACCAUGGAGGAUUCACAGUCGGAUAUCAGCAUCGAGCUCCCUCUGAGUCAGGAGACAUUUUCAGGCUUCUGGAAGUCCAUACCUUCUCAAGAUAUUCUGUCUCCCUCGGUGCUGUCACCUAAUCCCAUUGAAGAUCUGUUCCUGCCCCAGAAUAUUGCAGAGUUGUUAGAGGACCCAGAUGAAGCCCUCCAAGUGGCAGCAGCUCCUGUGGCACAGGACACUGUAACUGAGGCCCCUGCACUAGUGGCCCCUACAGCAGCCACUCAGUGGCCCCUGUCAUCUUUCGUCCCUUCUCAAAAAACUUACCAGGGCAACUAUGGCUUCCGCCUGGGCUUCCUGCAGUCGGGGACAGCCAAGUCUGUUAUGUGCACGUACUCCCCUCCCCUCAAUAAGCUGUUCUGCCAGCUGGCGAAGACAUGCCCUGUGCAGCUGUGGGUCAGCGCCACGCCUCCACCUGGUAGCCGUGUCCGUGCCAUGGCCAUCUACAAGAAGUCACAACACAUGACAGAGGUCGUGAGACGCUGCCCCCACCAUGAGCGUUGCUCCGAUGGUGAUGGCUUGGCUCCUCCUCAGCAUCUUAUCCGGGUGGAAGGAAAUUUGUAUGCUGAGUAUCUGGACGACAGGCAGACUUUUCGGCACAGUGUGGUGGUGCCAUAUGAGCCACCUGAGGUCGGCUCUGACUAUACCACCAUCCACUACAAGUACAUGUGUAAUAGCUCCUGCAUGGGGGGCAUGAACCGCCGACCCAUCCUCACCAUCAUCACACUGGAAGACUCCUGUGGGAACCUUCUGGGACGGGACAGCUUUGAGGUUCGUGUUUGUGCCUGCCCUGGGAGAGACCGUCGUACAGAGGAAGAAAAUUUCCGCAAAAAGGAAGAACAUUGUCCCGAGCCGCCCCCAGGGAGUACUAAGAGAGCACUGCCUACCAGUACGAGCUCCUCUCCCCAGCAAAAGAAAAAACCACUUGAUGGAGAAUAUUUCACCCUUAAGAUCCGCGGGCGUGAACGCUUCGAGAUGUUCCGGGAGCUGAAUGAAGCCUUAGAAUUAAAGGAUGCCCGUGCUGCAGAGGAGUCUGGAGACAGCAGGGCUCACUCCAGCUACCUGAAGACCAAGAAGGGCCAGUCUACUUCCCGUCAUAAAAAACCAAUGAUCAAGAAAAUGGGGCCUGACUCAGACUGACAGCCUCUGCAUCCUGUCCCCCAUCACCAGCCUCCCCGUCUUCUUUCUUGCCAUUUUAUGACUGUAGGGAUUAUUACGAGAGCUUCCGCUGCCUCUUUUUUUUUUUUUUUUUUUUUUUUUUUUUUUUUUUUUUUUACCUUGUAGCUAGGACUCAGCCCCCUCUUUGAGUACUGGUCCUGGCCCAGGUUGGGAAAUGGGUUGGUAGUCGCCAGGUCUCUGCUGGCCCAGCGAAAUCCUAUCCAGCCAGUUGUUGGACCCUGGCACCUGAAAUGAAAUUUCACCCUACCCCACGCCCUGUAAGAUUCUAUCUUGAGCCCUCAUAGGGUCUACAUCCUCCAGGGUCCAUUUUCCUUCCACUCUGCAAAGCCUGUCUGCAUUUAUCCAUCCCCCCACCCUGUCCCCCUCUUUUUUUAACCCCUUUUUAUAUACCAGUUUCUUAUUUUACAAUAAAAUUUUGUUAUCACUUGUA